AUGUCGACAGCACCUCAGCCGUAUCUACGUUAUGCGUAUGAGGAGAAGACUGAUGAUGGUGAGCAGCCAGAUGAGGCGUUUGAGGCUCCUAGAUGGAUUGCCCAUUGGGGGGCUCGACCCUCGUCGAAGGACCCUGAGGCUGCCAAGGCUGGUGUGAUACUUCCUCUAGACUGCUACGGCACUAAGCUGGCAGCAUAUCUCAAUAACACGUGCAGUCGGCCUUUCUCUAUUGAUACUGUCGGCUUCACGAGUGCCAUAGCAGUCGAGAAUGGCAGCUACGGUCGUCGAGGCUUUGGUCAGGGAGGGCAGCCUGCCGCUGGUGGCCGCCUGCCGUUGAUGGAGGGAGGGGAGAUAAUGGCUUCUGGGGAGGACCCGAACGCCCCUCGAAAGCGGCAAGAGCUGGGGGUCCGAGUGGUGACCUCGGGUGAUGUGAGGGAUCUCUCGGUACGGUGUGUCCAUGUGGCUCCACGAUAUGUGGUGGUCAACUCUAUGACGGACCGGUCGAUACUAGUGAAGCAAGCUGACUCGCCUUCUGCCACGGCACUUGACUUGGAACCGGACCAGCAGACGAGCUUUAAAUGGUGGCAAGUCGAUCUGCCUAAGAUGCUGCAAGUGAAGCUCAAGGACGCUGGAUGGG